CUCUUUUCAUCCUCGCCCAUCACACAGGCGAAGAAGAAUAAGAAAAUGCCUCCAAAAAAGGCUGCUCAGCCAGAGAAAAAGGCUCUCUUAGGCAGACCUUCAAACAACCUCAAGAUCGGUAUCGUAGGCCUGCCCAAUGUCGGAAAGUCCUCUUUCUUCAACGUACUCUCCGAGACAGACCUCGGAAAAGCCGCCAACUUUCCCUACGCAACUAUAAACCCAGAAGAAGCCCGUAUCCCAGUCCCAGAUGCCCGCUUUGACUGGCUCUGCGAACUCUACAAGCCUGCGUCCAAAGUCCCCGCCCACCUUACAUGCAUUGACAUUGCUGGUCUCACGGCGGGCGCUUCUACAGGAGCUGGUCUAGGAAACUCUUUCCUCUCACACGUUCGUGCAGUAGACGGUAUCUUCCAAGUCGUCCGAGCCUUCGAUGACGCCGAAGUCAUCCACGUCGAAGGAGACGUCAACCCCCUCCGUGACAUGGAAAUUAUCCAAACCGAACUUCGUCUCAAGGAUAUCGAGUGGGUUGAGAAGACCCUCGAGAACUUGAAGAAGGGCGCUCGCGGUCUCGGAAACUCCAGUUUGGCUGAUAAGGCAAAGAAGGAGGAACUCGCCACGGUUGAGAAGAUCUACAAGACUUUGUCGGUCGACAACAAGGACGUUCGUAAAGCUGAAUGGAAUAACAAGGAGAUCGACGUUAUCAACGGUCUCCAACUCCUCACCGCCAAACCCGUUACCUAUCUCGUCAACCUUUCUGAACGAGACUACGUCCGCAAGAAGAAUAAAUGGCUUCCCAAGAUCAAGGCUUGGAUCGAUGAACACAACCCCGGUGACCUCCUCAUCCCCUUCUCUGUCUCGCUCGAGGAACGCCUUGGUCGUAUGACGCCGGAAGAAAAGGCCGAGGAAGAGAAGAACUUGGGCGUUAACAGCGCGUUGCCCAAGAUCACGCAUGCAGGUUACAACAGUUUGGAUUUGAUUCGGUACUUUACCUGUGGACCUGAUGAAGUCCGAGCUUGGACUAUCAGGAAGGGUACCAAGGCACCCCAGGCUGCUGGUGUUAUCCACUCCGACUUUGAGAACAAGUUUGUCUGUGGUGAAAUCAUGUCCUAUGACGAUCUCCGCGAGCACGGUAGCGAAGCAGCCGUCAAAGCUGCUGGUAAGCUGCGACAACAGGGCAAGCCUUACGAAAUGGCGGACGGCGACAUCGCCUACUGGAAGGCUGGUGGUUAAAGUGCUAGAAGAUGAUCCUCCUUGUAACAACAGUAUCAGUGUAAUUAGUAGCAGUCCAAUACUCAUCUAUCAUAUACCAC